UUAAUUCUUCCCCCAUCCUUCUUCUCCCAAGCGAUUACUUCCCUCUCUUGGCAUGCCUUCUUUGCCGCGUCCUCCAACAGCAAGGAUUUCCCAUGGAGUCCCUCAUCCCUUCUCUCGUCAACCGCAAGUGGUUCCUCUGCUCUUUGGCGAGCUUCUUCGGCCUCCUCUUCGUCUGCUUCAGCCUCAACAAAGCUUCUCGUCCGGCGCCGGCGUUCGCAUCCUUUCGAGACUCCCAGACGAGCCUCGUCGCGACGUUGCUGGAGUCCGGCGAGCCACUCUCUUCCCAAUCCAUGCACAGUGGUGGUCCAAUUCGUAGCACACAAACUGUAGAUAUUGUUCAACCCCCAACAACCAACAUAGCGUUAUCUCCGUUAUCCAGUUAUAUGGAUUUAUUGUCUCCACAGAUUAGUGCAAAAGAACCAAAAUCUAGUGGAGUUCCAGUAGUGUCCUCAGAAUCUAAUGGAACAAAUCCGGUCUCCUCUCAAAGCAAGAUGGAGAUGCCUCGGUACAAGGAAAAUUAUACUUCGUUGUUGGUACCGGUGGGUGGUGGAGCUAAGAAGGAAAAGAUCAAGGAAGAGAAGAAGUGUGAUAUCUUUGAUGGGAAGUGGGUUUAUGACCGGAAAGGCUAUCCGCUCUACCGUGGACAUUGGUGUCCGUUUCUUAGUGAUCAAGUGAGUUGCCAGAAGAAUGGAAGACCAGACAAAGACUAUGAGCAUUGGAGGUGGCAGCCUAAAGGCUGCGAAAUUCCAAGGUAUAAUGGGAAGGAAUUGCUAGAAAGGUGGCGAGGGAAAAGAGUGGUGAUCGUCGGAGACUCUCUUAACAGAAACAUGUGGGAAUCGCUCGCCUGCAUCCUUUACUCUUCGGGGCGCCGGUCCAAGGCUUAUGUCAAAUCGAACAGUCCAGAAUAUAAGAUCUUUCGAGCCUUGGACUUCGAUUGCACGGUGGAGUUCUAUUGGAAUCCAUUUCUCGUAGAGCUGGAGGAAAGGAAGGACAAUUCCAAGAUCCUAAAACUUGACAAGCUUCCGGGGUCAUCCAAGCGUUGGAGAGGUGCGGAUGUCAUGGUGUUCAACACUGGACACUGGUGGACUCACCAUGGAAAAAUAAGAGGGUGGGACCAUUUUGAGUUCAGGGGCCAAUUGAUGGAAGAGAUGGGAGUAAUUGAAGCGUUUAAUAAGGCUCUGAGGACGUGGGCUCGCUGGGUUGACCGACACGUGGACUCCACUAAGACUACUGUCUUUUUCCGGAGCGUCUCCCCUGAGCACAAGAGGGAUAACUGGUGCUACAAUCAGACCAGACCGAUCACCACGGAGACCUACGUGCAGAGGUUUCCAAGAAAUAUGAUAUCUUCAGUGGAGAGGGCCAUCCAGAAGAUGACAACACCGGUUCGAUAUCUGAACAUCACACGGCUAUCAGAAUACCGGAGAGACGCGCACACAACAGUGUACACCUCAAGGCAAGGGAUACUCCUGACCGCAGAGCAGCGAAAGCAACCUGAAAUAUAUGCCGACUGUAGCCAUUGGUGUCUUCCAGGACUACCUGAUACUUGGAACGCGCUUCUGUUUGCCUCCCUCUUUGGAGUCCCAUCCACCGUAUCAUAGAUCUUCUACUUGUUAUUCUUUAAUUUCCAUAUUUAUUCUUUAUUUUAACAUAAGAACAGUAAAACUGUUUAUAUUUCAAAUGUAAGAUAAAAAAAGGCUUGUUACAAAAUAAAUACAACCAA